AUGGUAGCACCUGAGCUACGCGGACAGGUAAUUGCUGUCUACAAAGAGCUCCUUUUUCUAGGCCGAGAGUACCCCCUCGGCUAUCAAUGGUUUCGCGAUCGGCUUCAUCGCGCAUUUUCGAAACAAUCACAUGUCACAGACGAGGAGGAGAUUCGAAAGGGUAUUGCCCGCGCUGAGUUCGUGAAGAAAGAGGUCGAAGCACUGUAA